ACGUCGUCGUGCUAGAUCUCUUCUCGCAUCUCGCGCUUUCAAUUUCAUGAUCUCGUCAGGCUAUGAGGCUCUCCAUUCCCCUCUCUCUUCUUCCUCUUCUUUUUCCACAUUUUCCGUUCUUUUUUGCUCAGUUCUCGAUCCUUUACGUCCUUGGACUGAACUCUCCCUAUCUUCAACUCCAUUCCAUUCCCCUCCUCUCCUUUCGAGGAUGGAGAGUCUGCGGAGCUCUUCUUCCACUCUGCCUCCUCGUAUUCGGACUCGUCACUUGAAAUCGUCUGUCAUCCAUCCAUCGGGAUUCCUGCCCCUUUGGAGCCAGAGACGAACCAAACUCGGUUCCCUCACGCUCCGAAGAUCAGUAACUGAUGAAAGCCGAGGCGGCCUUCCGGCCUCACGAGACGCGUCUUCCACUAAGGAAGACAAUAAGGAUGGCCUUCUGCUCGGCACAGAGCGCGAUGGCUCUGGCUCGAUUGUUGGCUUCCACUUGAUUCAACCAUCUGGCGACUGCAAAGUGAUCAACUCUUCAGACAAAGUUGCUGCAGAAAGAAUAGAAAUGAUUCAGGAGAUUGAAGGAGAAGAGACAAUCCCAACCAAAACAACUUAUAAUAUUGUUUUCAUUACUUCUGAAGCUGCACCUUAUUCAAAGACAGGAGGCCUGGGAGAUGUUUGUGGUUCUAUGCCUAUAGCACUUGCUGCUCGUGGACAUCGUGUUAUGGUGGUCUCUCCUAGAUACUUGCAUGGUGGCCCAUCAGAUAAAAAAUUUGCUGGUGUUUCUGAUGUUGGUUGUCAGAUCCAAGUCUAUUGCUUUGGAGGGGCUCAAGAGGUUUCAUUCUUCCAUGAGUAUAGGUCAGGUGUUGAUUGGGUCUUUGUGGACCAUCCUUCAUACCACCGUCCUGGAAAUCCUUAUGGUGAUAUUUUUGGUGCCUUUGCUGAUAAUCAGUUCCGGUUCACUUUACUUUGUCACGCAGCUUGUGAAGCUCCCUUAGUGCUUCCACUGGGAGGGUUCACUUAUGGAGAGAAAUGCUUGUUCCUUGCCAAUGAUUGGCAUGCUGGCCUUGUUCCAGUACUUUUGGCUGCCAAGUAUCGUCCAUAUGGAGUGUAUAAGGAUGCUCGAAGUAUCACCAUAAUACAUAAUCUUGCCCAUCAGGGGGUGGAGCCUGCUGUAACCUACAAGAAUUUGGGGCUUCCACUUGAAUGGUAUGGAGCAUUAGAAUGGGUAUUCCCAACAUGGGCAAGAACACACGCACUCGACACUGGCAAAGCUGUAAAUAUUUUGAAAGGCGCAAUCGUCACAUCUGAUCGCAUUCUGACAGUUAGCCAGGGAUAUUCUUGGGAAAUAACAACAGUCGAAGGUGGAUAUGGUCUACAUGAGCUCUUAAGUAGUCGAAAGAGUGUCCUGAAUGGGAUCACAAAUGGCGUUGAUGAUGCUGAAUGGGACCCAUCUAAGGAUGAGCACAUUGCUUCACAUUUCUCUGUUGAUGACCUCUCCGGAAAGGUUCAGUGCAAGAUAGAAUUGCAAAAGGAAUUAGGCCUUCCCACUAGGCCUGAUUGUCCAUUGAUUGGAUUUAUUGGGAGACUGGACUACCAGAAAGGCAUUGAUAUAAUCCUAUCAGCAGCUCCAGAACUUAUGGACGAGGAUGUCCAGUUUGUCAUGCUUGGAUCUGGGGAAAAACAAUAUGAAGACUGGAUGAGAGUAACAGAGUCAUCUUAUAAAGACAAAUUCCGUGGCUGGGUUGGAUUUAAUGUUCCGAUUUCUCACAGAAUUACAGCAGGCUGUGAUAUACUACUGAUGCCAUCAAGAUUUGAACCUUGUGGUCUAAACCAAUUGUAUGCAAUGAGAUACGGAACUGUGCCUGUGGUUCAUGCCACUGGUGGACUUAGAGAUACAGUAGAGAAUUUCAAUCCAUUUGCUCAAGAAGGCUGUGGCCAAGGAACUGGGUGGGCUUUUUCUCCUUUAUCACGAGAGAGUAUGUUGGCGGCACUGGGGAAUGCCAUCCGGACUUACAGAGAAUACAAGUCGUCUUGGGAGGGGUUGAUGAGGAGAGGUAUGGAGAGGGAUUGCACCUGGAACAAUGCUGCAGCUCAGUACGAGCAAGUGUUCGCGUGGGCCUUCGUUGACCCUCCCUAUAUCAGCUGAGAGCUAUUUUCAUCUGAAGAAGAAGAAUGAUCGACAGUCACAUGUACCAAAUGGUUCUUCUGCCACAGCUCUCGUGAGUAAUUGUUUUCAUUGCUAUUAGCUGCAUUCCUUCUGGUUAGGAGUCGUCUAUUCGGAUCGAAGAGCUUCCGUAAAAUCCAGGCUUUUAUCGUCCAACCACACGGCUUUGAUAAUAACUCGUGUUUGAUCAUCCAACUUGGCCUGCUUCAGUGGCUCGGGAUAUAAACUGCAAUCGGUAGUUUGUAGAGUUAUAUAUUUUUUUUGUUGAUGAUUUCAUUAUGGUUUCAGAAUGUAGUAUCAAAGAGACCAUGCCACAAAAGUGUUUUAAGCUGUUUGUGUACCAAUUGAUGCCGCCUUGGUGUUCGUUUUCCACCCCAUGUUUGGCGGCUCAAGAACUUGCCUGUAUGGACAAGUGCAGAACUAACAUACGGUGAUCAUUUAUUUGCAAAUA